UUUAUUUCUUCCUCUACAGUCCUUUCUCUCUCUAGAAAAAGGCCAAGAAAUGUCAAAAAGGCCAAGCAGCUGUGCUUCCAAGGUCUCCACGGACUUAGCUCUUACGCCAAAUUGGGAGUGGCUCUGCUAUUAGGGGCUAAUCCUUCUUGGGUGGUUCUCGUUUCGGGGUUUCGGGUUUUGGGAGUGGAAUUAGGCGUCGAUUUUCUCGGACAUGUCUAUGGAGCCGAGCGCUGGUUCAGUUGAAGGGAAUAUCAGAGGAGUGUCGACUCAUGGUGGACGGUAUGUUCAGUACAAUGUGUAUGGGAACCUCUUCGAAGUUUCUAGGAAGUACGUGCCGCCAAUUCGGCCUGUGGGUCGUGGUGCUUAUGGUAUCGUGUGCGCUGCGAUGAACUCAGAGACACGGGAGGAAGUUGCCAUUAAGAAGAUUGGUAAUGCAUUUGAUAAUAGGAUAGAUGCCAAGCGGACAUUACGGGAAAUUAAGCUUCUUCGCCACAUGGAUCAUGAAAAUGUUAUUGUCUUGAAAGACAUCAUACGGCCACCUAAGAGGGAGAACUUCAAUGAUGUCUACAUUGUUUAUGAAUUGAUGGACACUGAUCUGCAUCAGAUAAUACGUUCCAACCAACCACUGAAUGAUGACCACUGCCGGUACUUCCUGUAUCAGGUGUUACGAGGACUUAAAUAUGUACACUCAGCAAAUGUCUUGCAUCGUGAUUUGAAGCCGAGUAAUUUGCUUCUGAAUGCAAAUUGUGAUCUUAAGAUUGGGGAUUUUGGACUUGCAAGGACGACAUCUGAAACAGACUUCAUGACUGAGUAUGUUGUUACCCGAUGGUAUCGUGCACCAGAAUUGCUCCUUAAUUGUUCAGAAUACACUGCGGCAAUUGAUAUUUGGUCAGUGGGUUGUAUCCUCGGAGAAAUCAUGACAAGGCAACCUCUGUUUCCUGGCAGAGAUUAUGUCCAUCAGCUGAGACUUAUCACAGAGCUUAUAGGUUCACCUGAUGACUCUAGCCUUGGGUUUCUUCGAAGUGAUAAUGCCCGAAGAUAUGUUAGGCAGCUACCACAAUACCCGAGACAACAAUUUCAGGCUAGAUUUCCUAAUAUGUCUCCUGGAGCUAUUGAUUUGCUAGAAAAAAUGCUUGUAUUUGAUCCAAACAGGCGCAUUACAGUUGAAGGGGCACUGUGUCAUCCAUACUUGGCACCUCUUCAUGAUAUCAAUGAGGAGCCCGUUUGUCCAAGGCCUUUUGUUUUUGAUUUUGAGCAACCAUCAUUUACUGAAGAGAAUAUCAAAGAACUCAUCUGGAGGGAAUCCGUAAAAUUCAAUCCAGACCCACCAGUUCAUUGAGAAGUAUGUGAUCAUGUUGUUGUAAACACCAGAAAAGUGUUCGUAAUAUUCAAAGGCUGAUGAAGAAGCUGAGGCAGAACCAUUUGCAGGGUUUCUCAGCAUAAUAUUCAUAGACUCCAUUUUCUUUUUGGUGCAGGAUCUUCUUCCUUUGUGUCAUAGUUGGCCUAGGAGCAGAGUUUAGUGCUAGAAACUAGUAGUGCAGCGAAGAGAUUCUGCAAUGCAAAGUUGUAUCAUUGCUCCCCGUAUGUUUCCAGGUUUUGAAGUAUAAAGUAUGACAUGAAUAAUUUCCAAACAAUUUGUUUCAGUUUCCUAGACUGAUCCCAUCAUCUUUUCUAAUCAUUGUUCGUGAUGGAACUUGUAAUGAUUUGUAAUAUUGGUUCUGUGAACUUAAGCCUUGACAAUCUUUUUCUUUGGUU